CGUUCCAGCCCCCCCCGCCCCCGCCGCCCCGCGGCGCUUCCCCUUCGGAGCCAUGGUGCCUGUCCCGGGAGCCCCGGGGCCAGGCCGGGACCGCGGGGACCCAGCUUCCGAGAGUCGGGAGGAGCCGGGCAGCCCGCAGCUCUCGCCUUCCGCGUCCUUCUCGCGGUGGCUGGCCGCGAGCCCGGGAGCGGGCGGCUCGCCGCUGCGCCUGGCGGGGUGGGGCGGGAUGGCGUCGUCCACGUGGCUGGAGGCCGGCCUGGCCCGGGUGCUCUUCUACCCGACGCUGCUCUACACGGUGUUCCGCGGGAGGGUGAGAGGAUGGGCGCACCGCGACUGGUACCACCGCAUCGACGCCACGGUGCUGCUGGGCGCGCUGCCGAUGCGGAGCAUGACGCGCCGGCUGGUACUGGACGAGAACGUUCGCGGGGUGAUCACCAUGAACGAGGAGUACGAGACUAGAUUCCUGUGCAACACCUCGAAGGAAUGGAAGAAAGCAGGAGUUGAGCAGCUACGGCUCAGCACAGUUGACAUGACUGGGGUUCCCACCUUGGCCAACCUCCACAGGGGAGUCCAGUUUGCUCUCAAGUACCAGUCACUGGGCCAGUGUGUCUACGUGCAUUGUAAGGCUGGGCGAUCCAGAAGUGCCACAAUGGUGGCAGCAUAUCUGAUUCAGGUGCACAACUGGAGCCCAGAGGAAGCUGUAGAAGCUAUCGCCAAAAUCCGGUCACACAUCUCCAUCAGGCCUAACCAGCUGCAAGUUCUCAAAGAGUUCCACAAGGAGAUUACUGCAAGAGCAGCAAAGAGUAACUGAUGACAUCUCACAUUGACAUUUCAAGACUAUGAAGUCUGUGGAUGACCCAAGUAAAAAGUUUAAAGGACAAAGGGGCUUAAGCCAGGGCAACACCCCAAAUAUGCUGAGAAAUAGAUAAUGUGCCUCCUUUGCCUUCCUACCCUGAAAUAACACUGUCAGAUGGCUACAGAGAACAAGAUUGUCUGGCUAAAUCUUAUUUUCUUCGAGAGGGUCAAGGAAAUAUUGAUUUUAACAGAAAUCUAUUGUGUAUCUGAUAUUUUGUGUAAUGCACCAUAACAGACGUUAAAUGCUAGAAAAGGAAAGAAUAAAUACUCAGAUCUGUUCUUUGUUACUGUCAGAAUCCCAAUUUCAAUUGUAUAACUUGGCAAAAUGCUUGCCAGCAUGUAUAAGGCUCCAAGUUUGGUCCCUAGCACUUCCAAAAAUAAAAAUAACCCUUAUUUCCCUGA